CCCACCUCCCGCCCCGCGCCGGGAAGCCGACCCGGUAGUAGCUCUUGUCCGGCAAAGGUUCCUUCUGCCGGCGCCGCUCGCCCCUCGGACCCCGGGGGGCUCAGGGGCCUGUCUGCGGGCGGCGGGCACGGCCCAGGGUGACGGCGCGGGAGCAUGGCCCUGCACCUGGGCAGACUGAGCGCGGGCCCGUGCUGGCGCGCGGCGCGGGGCGGCUGCGGGGAGCUGCGCGCUUGGUCCCCGCGCUGCGCGGCCGGACGCCUCCGCCGCCCCCCUGGCACCGCUUGCCCCGAGCAGAGCCGCGGGCUGGGCUACGGCCCCACGGCGGGAGGCGGCCCCCGGCUGAGGACCGGGCUGGCCGCGGGGCUGGCGGGGCUGGCGGGGCUGGCAGCGGCCGCCUUCGUGCACGUGCAGCGGGCGGAGAUGGUGCGCAAGAGCUCGGGGCCACCCAGCCCCUCGCCGGGGAGGCUGGAGGAGGACGACGACGAACUGGCUCGCCGCUGCAGCUGCUUCAUGGCCUCGCCUGUGACCGACCUGCGAGAGCUGCGGAGGAGGCCCGGCGACAUGAAGACCAAGAUGGAGCUGCUGAUCCUGGAGACCCAGGCCCAGGUGUGCCAGGCGCUGGCACAGGUGGACGGGGGCGCCCGCUUCUCUGUGGACCGGUGGGAGAGGAAGGAAGGAGGUGGUGGCAUCAGCUGUGUACUUCAAGAUGGGCAUGUUUUUGAAAAGGCCGGGGUGAGCAUUUCGGUUGUUCAUGGAAAUCUUUCCGAGGAAGCAGCAAAACAAAUGAGAAGCAGAGGAAAAAUGCUGAAGACAAAAGAUGGUAAAUUGCCAUUUUCUGCUAUGGGUGUGAGCUCUGUUAUCCACCCCAAGAAUCCUCAUGCACCUACUAUCCAUUUCAACUACAGAUACUUUGAAGUGGAAGAGGCCGAUGGUAACAAGCAGUGGUGGUUUGGUGGUGGAUGUGACCUUACCCCAACAUACUUGAACCAAGAGGAUGCGGUCCAUUUUCACAGGAUUCUAAAGGAGGCAUGUGACCAGCAUGGUCCAGAUCUCUACCCAAAAUUUAAAAAAUGGUGUGACGAUUACUUUUUUAUAGCCCAUCGUGGGGAGCGGAGGGGCAUUGGGGGUAUCUUUUUUGAUGACCUUGACUCUCCAUCCAAGGAGGAGGUGUUUCACUUUGUGCAGAGCUGUGCCCAGGCUAUCAUUCCUUCUUAUAUCCCCCUUGUGAAGAAGCACCGUGAUGACUCCUUCACCCCCCAGGAGAAGUUGUGGCAGCAGCUCCGGAGAGGACGGUAUGUAGAAUUUAACCUGCUGUAUGAUCGGGGGACGAAGUUUGGCCUCUUCACUCCAGGAUCCAGGAUUGAAAGUAUCUUGAUGUCUUUACCUCUUACUGCCCGAUGGGAGUACAUGCAUUCACCCUCAGAGAACUCCAAAGAAGCUGAAAUUGUGGAAGUUCUGCGCCAUCCGAGGGACUGGGUGCAUUGAUGCAGGCAGAGCAGCCUUCUGAGGGUCUGGGGGACACACAGUGUGCCCCCUGCACCACUGGCCAGCACCACCACCACUGUGUGGCACUGAGAGCUGCAGUCUUCUCCACCCUGGAGUCUGCCUCCUUUCCUGAUGAACUGUGUUUCCAACACCACAGACUUCUGCUGGAUGCUGUCAGUGGUGGGUGGUGAGGUGGCAGCUUGUCAGAGUCAAUUGGUUGAUGUAAAACUCAUUUAUACUUUUAGAAUCAUUUUUUAUGACUAGUUCGUAAACACUGAUGUUGAAUUUCCAAGAAUUGGUUAAGGAGGUAUAAAUAUUAUAAAGUGUAUCAGGAAAUGUCUCAUGUUAUUUUUGUUUCAUAUAUUUUUAAAGGUUUAGUUUCUGUUGUGGGGUAACUUUAUUUUCAUUAAUUCAAUGAGAUUGAGACUAGUAAAUUUUAGAAAGCAACUGGAAAUGAAGGUAAAAAUUUUACUUUUCAUUACUGAAGUUUCUUUGAGCAUAAUCUUUAUCUUUCUCUAGAGAUCAUAAAAUUGUAAAAUAUUCACUUUUAUAAUGAUAGAUAUUUAGGAACACUUGAAAUUUUCUUAAUCUCUGCAUGUGUUACAGUUCAGUGAUUACCUGUAGUUAACUCUAAAGUGACAUCACUGUUAUUUAAACAAGGGAUAUCUAAGUUGUAAUUUUGAUUUUUGUAGAACUAUAAUUUGUUGAUGUUGAGAUUCUCUGCACUUUUGAAUGUGAAAGCUUAUACCCUUGGAUUCUGAUACUUAAAAUUUUCUAUUCCAGACAUUUCUAUAUGGAGGUUUAGACUAAGAACAAUCCUGAAUUUAGGAAAUGAGAAACAUUUUCCUUCUCUAAUAAAGCAGACUUAGCUACUGUAAGAAGCAUGUCAACAUUUUAUAAAUAUAUUUCCUUGAACAUGGACUAAUUGAAAUUGUCCUCUUUUUAAAUUAGAGGUUCUGCAACUCUUACCUUUGCUCUUAAGAGAAAAUCACAAUAGAGUUCUCAAGACUUCUUUGUUCAUAUAAUAUAUUGAAGUUUGUAAGGAAUGUUAUCUUCCUACAUGUUAUUAAGCAUUAUCAUGGAAUAUGUUGAAUGUAUGAUUGUAUGGGGCUCUUUAGAGCUGGAAAAUGUAUGAAUUCUUCAACUCUCUUACAACAGGUACGCUGAUAAAUAUUAUGAAAUAUGACUAAGAAAUGUUUGUAUUUUUCAUUUUUUCCAGGGUAAUCAA